AUGGAGGAACUAAUCAUCUCUCCUUCCUCAUCCUCCUCUCUCGUCUCUCUACCCCAAGAGAACCCAACCCCAACACCAUCCCUUCAACAAAAACUUCAAUUUCUCCUCCAAAGCCAACCGGAUUGGUGGGUCUACGCCAUUUUCUGGCAGGCCUCACACGACGACAAUGGCAACCUUUACCUAUCCUUCGGAGAAGGCCAUUUCCAAGGCACCAAAGAAACUUCCCCAAAAUUCCCAACCCCCAUUUCCACUAAAAAGUUCACCAAAUCCCCCACAACAGAAAACAUCAACGACGCCGAGUGGUUCUACGUCAUGUCGUUGACUCGCACUUUUGCCAUCAACAAUGCUUCUUCUUAUUCUUCUUCUUCUUCUUCAUCAUCAUCUUCUACAACUUCACUCCUUGGCAAGUCUUUUGCUUUGGGCUCCGUGUUGUGGCUCAAUAGCAAGCACGAACUCCAAUUCUACAACUGCGACAGAACCAACGAGGCCCACGAGCACGGGAUCGAAACGUUGAUCUCCAUCCCCACACAAAACGGCGUCGUGGAAAUGGGAUCCUACGACACCAUCAAGCAAAACUGGAACCUCGUCCAACAUGUCAAAUCUCUAUUCCAACCCCUUCCAGAUCCGCUUCCCGUUCAAGUCCACGACGACCACACCAUCUCCUUCGCCAACAUCGGCAUCGUCGCCGGAAUCCAAGAAACCAAAAAGCGUAAACAAACCCAAACAACGCUCAACAACAAAAACGACAACUACGUCGACUCCGAACACUCUGAUUCGGAUUGUCCAACCUUGCCAACCACAAUAACCCCGACAACCUUGGAGCCCAAAAAACGAGGCAGAAAGCCUGGUCUCGGACGCGAGACGCCAAUGAACCACGUCGAGGCUGAGCGACAACGGAGGGAGAAGCUGAACCACCGCUUCUACGCGCUACGUGCGGUGGUUCCCAACGUUUCGAGGAUGGACAAGGCAUCGUUGUUGUCCGAUGCUGUCGCUUACAUCAACGAGCUCAAAGCGAAGAUUGAGUACUUGGAAUCGCAGCAACAAAGAGAGGGUAGUAAAAAAAUCAAGACAGAAAUGACGGAUACCAUGGAUAACCAGAGCACCGCCACCACCUCCACCAUCGUAGACCAGAGCAGGCCUGGGCCUGGAGGCCCAGGCUCAUUUGGUCUCGAGAUCGAUGUGAAGAUCGUGGGGCCCGAUGCCAUGGUGAGGGUGCAAUCUGAAAAUGUUAACCACCCCGGGGCGAGGCUAAUGGGUGCAUUGAGAGACCUAGAGUUUCAGGUUCAUCACGCUAGCAUGUCGUGCGUUAACGAUCUUAUGCUACAGGACGUGGUGAUUAAUGUUCCUAAAGGAAAGAGGAGCCAAGAGGGUCUCAAAUCGGCGAUUCUCCUGAGGUUGGAUCAGUGA